GUCUCCUGGACCCCCUUUCGCGACCCCUCUCAUCCCCUUACUGGGCAGAAGAGGACCCCGAGGUUCUGGGAGGCCACGCGACCUGCCCGAAGUGACUAGCGCCCUGGGCCGCACUCGCCCGCCCGUGUCUGCGCUACUGGGGGAGGGAGUGGGAUGAGCCCUCGGGGUGGAGGAGGAGGCGCGGCCCCCGGGUACCGCUCGCCUGGCCUCAGGAGCCCGGGAGCGCGCGCGGGGACGCGGAGUUGAGGCUCUCGGGCGGCGGCCGGGGAAAGGGCUGCCGUUCCCCGGGCCCCACCCUGGGCCCCUCCCGGCCGCUCGGAACCCACCCCAGGCGCGUCCCCGCGGUUGCGCGCUCCAGGCGGGGCCGACGGGCCCGCAGGCGCGCGCUAGUUCUCGGGUCCGCGGCGCGCGCUCUCUCCUGUCUCUCCUCCCCCGCCCCUCCCCGGCCCGCGCGCUCCCGGAGUCCAUCGCGCGCGCGCCUCGCGUCGCUCCCCAUCCCCGCCCCUCCCGCCGCCACCCCGCCCCCGGCCGGGUACCCUCGCCGGACCCGAGAGAGAGCGCGGCCGCCAUCUUAGUUGCUGCCGCUGCCUCUAGCAAGGCGCUGCUCCGAGGCGGGGAGGGCGGCGCGGGCCGAGCGCGCGGCCCAGCGUCACGGCGGCGGCGGCGGCUCCUCCUCGGACCCCGGAGCCCCCCGCGCCGCGGAGCAGCCGGUCCUGGGCCCCGAGAGCCCUGAGAGCCCCGAGAGCCCCGCUAGGCGUCCCGCGCGCCUCCCUGCCGCUCCCGCCCCGGGCCGGCGAUGCUGCGCCGCCCCGCGCCCGCGCUGGCCCCGGCCGCCCGGCUGCUGCUGGCCGGGCUGCUGUGCGGCGGCGGGGUCUGGGCCGGGCGAGUUAACAAGCACAAGCCCUGGUUGGAGCCUACCUACCACGGCAUAGUCACAGAGAAUGACAACACGGUGCUCCUGGACCCCCCGCUCAUCGCCCUGGACAAAGAUGCACCUCUGCGUUUUGCAGAGAGUUUUGAGGUGACAGUCACCAAAGAAGGUGAGAUUUGUGGAUUUAAAAUUCACGGGCAGAAUGUCCCCUUUGAUGCAGUAGUUGUGGAUAAAUCCACUGGUGAGGGCGUCAUUCGCUCCAAAGAGAAACUGGACUGUGAGCUACAGAAGGACUACUCAUUCACCAUCCAGGCCUAUGACUGUGGGAAGGGACCUGAUGGCACCAACGUGAAAAAGUCUCAUAAAGCAACUGUCCAUAUUCAGGUGAACGAUGUGAAUGAGUACGCGCCCGUGUUCAAGGAGAAGUCCUACAAAGCCACAGUCAUCGAGGGGAAGCAGUACGACAGUAUUUUGAGGGUGGAGGCCAUGGAUGCCGACUGCUCCCCUCAGUUCAGCCAGAUCUGCAGCUAUGAAAUCAUCACUCCAGACGUGCCCUUUACGGUCGACAAAGAUGGUUAUAUUAAAAACACAGAGAAGUUAAACUAUGGGAAAGAACAUCAGUAUAAGCUGACUGUCACUGCCUACGACUGUGGGAAGAAAAGAGCCACAGAAGACGUUUUGGUGAAGAUCAGCGUCAAGCCCACCUGCACCCCUGGGUGGCAAGGCUGGAACAACAGGAUUGAGUAUGAGCCGGGCACAGGCGCAUUGGCCGUCUUUCCAAAUAUCCACCUGGAGACGUGUGACGAGCCAGUCGCCUCAGUACAGGCCACGGUGGAGCUAGAAACCAGCCACAUAGGGAAAGGCUGCGACCGAGACACCUACUCAGAGAAGUCCCUCCACCGGCUCUGUGGUGCGGCUGCGGGCACUGCUGAGCUGCUGCCAUCCCCGAGCGGCUCCCUCAACUGGACCGUGGGCCUCCCCACCGACAACGGCCACGACAGCGACCAGGUGUUUGAGUUCAACGGCACCCAGGCAGUGAGGAUCCCAGACGGCGUUGUGUCGGUCAGCCCCAGAGAGCCAUUCACCAUCUCUGUGUGGAUGAGGCAUGGGCCUUUUGGCAGGAAGAAGGAGACGAUUCUUUGCAGUUCUGACAAAACAGAUAUGAAUCGGCACCACUACUCACUGUACGUCCACGGGUGCCGGCUGGUCUUCCUCCUCCGCCAGGAGCCUUCGGAGGACAAGAAAUACAGACCUGCAGAAUUCCACUGGAAGCUUAAUCAGGUCUGCGAUGAGGAAUGGCACCACUACGCCCUCAGUGUGGAAUUCCCCAGCGUGACUCUCUAUGUGGAUGGCACGUCCUAUGAGCCCUUCUCUGUGACUGAAGAUUACCCGCUCCAUCCAUCCAAGAUAGAAACUCAGCUCGUGGUGGGGGCUUGCUGGCAAGAGUUUUCAGGAGUUGAAAGUGACAAUGAAACUGAGCCUGUGACUGUGGCCUCUGCAGGUGGCGACCUGCACAUGACCCAGUUUUUCCGAGGCAAUCUGGCUGGCCUAACUCUCCGUUCUGGGAAACUCGCAGAUAAGAAGGUGAUCGACUGUCUGUAUACCUGCAAGGAGGGGCUUGACCUGCAGGUCCCUGAAGACAGCAGCAGAGGCGUACAGAUCCAAGCACACCCCAGUCAGUUGGUGUUGACCUUGGAGGGAGAGGACAUCGGGGCAUUGGAUAAGACCAUGCAGCACAUCUCCUACCUGAACUCUCGGCAGUUCCCCACGCCCGGAAUUCGCAGACUCAAAAUCACCAGCACAAUCAAGUGUUUUAACGAGGCCACCUGCAUGUCAGUCCCCCCAGUAGAUGGCUACGUGAUGGUUUUACAGCCUGAGGAGCCCAAGAUCAGCCUGAGCGGCGUCCACCAUUUUGCCCGAGCGGCUUCUGAAUUCGAAAGCUCAGAAGGGGUGUUCCUUUUUCCUGAGCUUCACAUCAUCAGCACCAUCACGAGAGAAGUGGAGCCUGAAGGGGACGGGGCUGAGGACCCCACAGUUCAAGAAUCACUGGUGUCCGAGGAGAUUGUGCACGACCUGGAUACCUGUGAGGUCACGGUGGAGGGAGAGGAGCUGAACCACGAGCAGGAGAGCCUGGAGGUAGACAUGGCCCGCCUGCAGCAGAAGGGCAUUGAAGUGAGCAGCUCGGAGCUGGGCAUGACCUUCACAGGCGUGGACACUAUGGCCAGCUACGAGGAGGUUUUGCACCUCCUGCGCUAUCGGAACUGGCAUGCCAGGUCCUUGCUUGACCGGAAGUUCAAGCUCAUCUGCUCAGAGCUGAAUGGCCGCUACAUCAGCAACGAAUUUAAGGUGGAGGUGAAUGUAAUCCACACGGCAAACCCCUUGGAACACGCCAACCACAUGGCUGCCCAGCCCCAGUUCGUUCACCCGGAACACCGCUCCUUUGUUGACCUGUCAGGCCACAACCUGGCCAACCCCCACCCGUUUGCAGUUGUCCCCAGCACAGCAACCGUGGUGAUUGUGGUGUGUGUCAGCUUCCUGGUGUUCAUGAUCAUCCUGGGGGUCUUUCGGAUCCGGGCUGCACACCAGCGGACCAUGCGGGACCAGGACACCGGGAAGGAGAACGAGAUGGACUGGGACGACUCUGCCCUGACCAUCACCGUCAACCCCAUGGAGACAUACGAGGACCAGCACAGCAGUGAGGAGGAAGAGGAGGAGGAGGAGGAAGAGGAGAGCGAGGACGGCGAGGAAGAAGAUGACAUCACCAGUGCAGAGUCGGAGAGCAGCGAGGAGGAGGAGGGGGAGCAGGGUGACCCCCAGAACGUGAACCGGCAGCAGCAGCUGGAGUGGGACGACUCCACCCUCAGCUACUGACCCGCGUCCCUGGCCACAUUUGUUUCUGCUUCCGAAGACUCUGCUGUCAUCCGUUCUCCCAUUCCCAAGGGUCCAUGGUGUACAAAGUCAUUUCGGCCAGUAGGUGUGCAGACCCCUUCCCGCCGCGAUUGUCGCCGUGCUUGGUGUGUAGGACCCUAGGCUCCCCCCGCCCUCUGCCUGGUCGCUCUCUUCAGUCCCAUGAGGAGCUGACGAGUCCUCUCUGGCUGCCAUCCGGCUCGUGCAGGGGCCGCUCAGCGCCUCGGGCCCCGCCUUUGUGUCUGGAGUCUCCCCCACCGGGGAGAGGACCCGGCCCUCGCGCUCCAGAAAAGCCAUGCCAGCUGGACUCGUUGACAAAGGGUAAAAAAUGCUCACUCCCACCCGGUAAUCAUUUUUUUCUUUUUUUAAAAAAGUUUUUAUUUUUUCCAAACUAGUGCAUGUAUAAAUAAUGGCAGGAUGGGGCUACUGUGUAGAUGAUUAACUGACUUUUUAAUAUUUUGUAAAUAAAUCGGAUUCCUGUGUCCUUUGUGCUAGUGUAACCCAGGACUGGAAUGUAAAGUGAAUGAUGUUCAGAGCUCUGAGCAUGGGCUCUUCCCGCCAGAAGGCACCCUCCCUCCCCAGUGUGGCUGGGAGUCAGGGCCACAGGCCUUGACGUGUGCUGCUCAGGAGACCGGAUCAGGGACCGUUCUUUGGUAGCUACAAGUAGCUGGGCCUUGCCUUUGGGAUUCUGCCUGCUCCUAACUUGGUGUGGGUGUGCGGGUGCAGGGUCCCCGGCCCCUUUUCCACACUCCUCCGACAGCAGCUCCCUGUGCAGCAGCCUGGACUCACCGUGCACAGCCUUGUGGUUUAUGCCUAGGUGUAUGUUUCCCUGCUGGUGAAAGGGGCAUAGACUACAGAAACUGACAGGCGUCCUGCAGGCCGCCGGCCACUCCCUUCAGAGACGGCAGAAGUCUCAGAACAUCCAGUAGGGACCCGUGGCCUGAAGGCAAAGUGCUAGAAUUUUCCAAAACAGCCUGUUCUCUCCUCUCUCCUCCCCAGAGCCCCGUGGGAUGCCUCCUGCCAGCAGCGGGGUGAAGUCUGUCUCCCCUAGGAGCCCUGCUGCUUUGCUUGGCAGUGGUAGGGCAAAAGGAGAGAAAACAGUCAUGGUCUAAAGGCACUUUGCUCUUAGUGACAUGUAAAAUUUUAGAUUUCUAAAACGGGUGGGCAAUCAUUUUGAAUACUGUUCUGUGACCCUGACCACUCGUUCUGAGGACACUGCCGGCUGCGCUGUGUUGUGUGUGGCCUGUGGCCAUCCUCCAUGUCCCGUCCCUGUAGCUGCUCUGUUUGACAGCGGACGCUCACGCCCAGGGGAUGUCCUCAUGCUGUAUGUCGCCGCCGUGGUUUCCCUCUGCAGAUGUGUAUAUUGAUGAUAGGUCAGAAAGUGUAUCCGCUACAAUAAAGUUCUGGUUCUGACUCCAG